ACACUGGCCCAGUGUUGCCGAAAGAGCAAUUCGAGUAGGACGCUUUGACUGUGGCACGAGAUUCUGCGGACUGGGAAAAGGUUUUAAUUUGUGUGUCAAGUCUGUAUCUUCUUGUAUGACUGAAGAGUGACGAAUUCAAUCUCUAUAGUGACAGAAAAUUUAAAAAUGAAGUUGAAAUUUGUUGGAGUCGUUCUCUUCAUCUGCAUCUUCUGUGAAGGACGUCUAACGAAGUACCAAGUUGGGCGACUUCCCACGAAUGCGACUCGUCCUAAAACUGUUGAAGGCUUCGACGACACGGGGCCCUCCCGCCACCAUCAGCUGAGUCGGCGAGACAAGGGGUCGAGUUGUCCCCCGUCAGUAGGGUUCUCUACGUUCGGGUUCCUCUCCUUCCUCCUGAUCGCCUUCAACACAGUCAUUAACAUCAUCAACAACAUCAACAACAAUAACAAUAACAAUAAUAAUAACAAUAACAACAAUGAUAACAACAAUAACAAUAAUAAUAACAACAACAAUGAUGGUGGAGGAGGAGGAGGAGGAGGAGGUGCUGGUGGAAGAAGCAUGACGGAAGGUGAUGAUCCUCCGGGUCCUGAUCCGUUAGGGUUCGACGUCUGGGAUUACGACAGCUUCAGCGACUUCCUCCGGAGGUCGAAGAGGGAACUGCAGGAAGAGGAGGAGGAGGGAGAGGUCCUUGUUGACCCCGAAGGCGCUGACGGAGAUGGAAGCUGCUCUUGUGACGGAGAGGAGGAAGACGAAGAGUCUUUACUAGAUGUCUUGCAAGAGAGUGGGCAUGACAUGGCUAUUUGGGCACAUACAGUAUUGUCUCACUACCCACAAUGUGUAUCUAGACUCUUAUGUGAAGGGGCAUCACACAUACCACCUUUGGUGAAGCCGUUCCUCAUGAUGACUCCCUUCAAGACAAGUGAAAUGGCCUCUGUUCUGGAUGGCGAUAACGGGAUGGACUGCGCUCUCAGUUAUCGAAGUUGUCCGCUCUUCUUGGAUGCAGGAAUGCUUCCAGCAACACAGCAGUUUUAAGAGAAAUGAAAAUUUAAAGAUGCACAUCGUAUUUGAGGGGUUUAUGUGCUCCCUGUUGUACAUAACGUAUCUGAAAAUCUAUGGCGCCAGAUUUCAGAGCGUCUCUUUCUUAUUCGGAGAUUAUAAGAAUUUAAUGUUGUGUACCAAGUUCGUAUACUGUAGGUAUAGCUCCUGCCUAAAUCAGUCACGCAUUCCAUUGUUCAAAUUAGCCUACCCAAACAAGCUCAACACUAUUAAUGA